AUCAAGUGUUGAUGACAUGUGUAACUUCCGCUAAAAAUAGAGCGAGUGGAAGUGAAAGUAUUAGAUCUAUAAGAUAUUAAAAAUUUGACUGUUUUACUGCCCGAAAUAACGAUGAAUGAAGAAAGCUUGAAAUUGAGUGAGAAGCUCGUGCCUAGCAAUUAUAUACAUCAGGGUAUUCAGGCAAAGCAAGCUCGAGAAAACACCAUCCGACAAUUGAUACAGCAUAGAAAAUUACCAGAGUGUGGUUGGGAUGAUGUUACCGUAGAGAUGUUUUUACAAGAUGUGGCCGUUAUGGACAGCAAUAAUUUUAACGGUAAUUGUGGGGUCGGUGAAAGAGAGGCCAGAAUAUACUCUUCAUUAGUUUAUAAAAGACAUUUCGGUUUAGGACAUGGUAUUGGCAGAUCAGGUGAUAUCACAGCUGUACAACCUAAAGCUGCCGGCUCCAGUUUAUUAAUGAAAUUAACAAACUCACUGGCUUUGGAUGCCAUUAAAAUAGCAGGCAUAAAGUCUGUAGAAGGGUGUUUUGUGGUACCUAUGGCAACAGGAAUGAGUCUAUCAUUAUGUAUGUUGACUUUACGACAGAAACGAAGAUCGGCUAAAUAUGUAAUAUGGCCACGAAUAGAUCAGAAGUCAUGUUUUAAAUCGAUCAUAACAGCAGGUUUUGAGCCGGUUGUCAUAGAGAAUUGUUUGGAUGGAGAUGAACUAAAGACCAAUAUGUCUGCCAUUAAAGAAAAAAUAGCAUUGUUCGGAGCAGAUAAUAUUUUAUGUGUAAUGACAACUACAAGUUGUUUUGCACCAAGAAUACCAGACAGUUUAGAGGAAAUUGGUUUACUAUGUAAAGAAUAUGAUAUUCCACACCUGGUUAAUAAUGCCUAUGGUUUACAAGCUUCAAAAUGUACACAUCUAUUGCAACAGGCAGCUAGAGUUGGUCGUGUAGACUUGUUUGUCCAAAGUUUAGAUAAGAAUUUCAUGGUACCAGUUGGAGGCUCUAUUAUUGCUGGUUUCGAUGCUGGACUUGUAGAGGAAGUUGGUAAAAAUUACCCAGGAAGGGCAUCAGCCACACCAUCUAUAGAUCUAUUUAUAACUCUUGUUUCUAUGGGAACAACAGGUUAUAAAAAUCUUCUAUCAGAGAGAAAGGAAUUGUGUAAAUAUUUAACUGAAAGGCUUCAAUCUUGUGCCGUACUCCAUGGAGAAAGAUUAUUACAAACAAAACAUAACCCAAUUUCUAUCGGUAUGACUUUAUCUAAUUUGGAUGACAGUAUUCCUCCAACAGAAGUAGGGUCAAUGUUGUUCACUAGAUUUGUAUCCGGAACAAGAGUUGUUGCUCCUGGUAAAAAUAAUACAAUUGGAGGACAUAUGUUCAAAAAUUUUGGUUCACAUUCAGACGUAUAUCCAUUUUCAUAUUUAACUGCAGCAGCCGCGAUUGGAAUGACGAGAAAUGACGUUGACCUAUUUAUAACUAGAUUAGAUAAAGUUUUAACUAAAUGUAAAACAGAUAGAACUGAUAGAAUGAAGACCCAAAAAAUUGGUGAAAGUGAAAGUAGUUUAGAAAAAAGUAAAAGUAGAGAAGUUGAAAGUGAGGCAAUUAAUAAUAGUAGGACAGGGAAAGAUGUCUGAGUUGGACACAAAUUGAAAAUCCAGUUGAACAGUAUUGUGAUAAUUCUCAUAUUUGUGAUGAUUUUUUUUUUAAUUACAAAAUGUCAGAUCAGGGGUGGAUUAAGGGAUCGGCCAACAAAGGUGGCUUGUUCUGAAAGUGUCCAAGGGACAGGGGUUUUAGGGCCGUCCCCAAAAAAUUAAAUUGCUGUAGAUGAGAUUACAACACUUUCCUGUGGGUUUAGAUACAAACUGGAACCGAUGAUUUUGUUGUCUAAAUCUGUCAAAAUCAAAUGAGAUUGGGUUUAAUGCCCUCUCCUUCUGCACCAACUGGAGAAAUGAAGACUGGCAUAUACGCCAUAAAGUGGUUUUGCUAUUGUUAAUCAGUCACCUUGAAAACAAAAUGACCUGUAAUAUACCGCACCACUAAUUUUGAGACAAUGGACAUGCAACAUAUAUUUCACAUUUCAAGCUUUCUGACUUGCGAAAAUGUUCACUGUCUCGAGAUAAUAUUAUCCAUGGGCUUUAGGGCUGCAGCAGGGGCCUCUAGAGAUUAAGUCAAAAGCUAUUUCAAUUGUUGGAUAAAAUAGAUCUGUUUGAAAGGAAUUAAGCAAAGCAAAUCUUCAUAUUUUAAUUGUUCUUAGUCUUAGCUAACGAAUGUCCAGACGCCAAAUUCAGCUCACUGCAUGUGUGGGGCAUUGAACAAAGCUAAUAAAACAAAUGAAAAUUUGACCUGAUGAAUGAUGGAGUGUUGGAUCUGCCUUACUAUUAGACAAAUGUACAGGGUCUCUUGCACUGAUAUCAACGAGACUCUUUUCUCAGAUUCAGGGGCCCGUUUCUUGGACUCAGGACUCCUGCCACAGGGGGUCCAUAUCAAAUUUUCUCUCUAAUAGAAAUUUUGAAUUUUAUUCUCUUUGACUUGGGGCCCUUGCACUGAAGUCAAAGGGGCCCUUUUUUGAUUCAUAGGCACUUUUCUUGGCCAAGCUGAUCAAAUUAAUUUAAAAUAAGAAAAUUCCAUUUUGAUUUAGCACAGAUGUAAAUGAAACCUUAGCAACAUUUAAAAGGGCAGUUCCAGAUUUUUCAGGAAAAUGUAAAUAAAAGUUGAUUUAAGUUUGUGUAUCAAAUGUUUUCCUUUUGUUAAUUUGUUGAUAUUUAUUGUUUAGGCACAUAGCUAUUUCCUGCCAAUUAUUAUAAUGUUAAUUUUAUUGUCAUAUUUAUAAACAUAAAGAAAACACAUCAUCAUUCAUUUGGAAUUGUGUCCCAUUAGGAUAAUUUAUUUUUGAUUAUAUAUUUACAAAUAAUUUGAUAUUGUAAAAAUUUAUUAAACUUGAAUCAAGAUGUAUAGUUUUAUUUAUUCACAAUGUCAUGAUGAUGUAUUACUUUUACCAAA